GAAAGAAGAGAAACAAGGGCUACUGCUUGUUCUGCUUGUGCUGGAACUGCUUGUUCUGCUUGUUCUGGUUCAGUGAAAAUUCAUGGUUACUUCCAGUUUCACGAACUUUGUUGUGCUCCUGGGUGGAAAAACAAAAUCUUGUGACCCAGAGGCAAGAAGCACGAACAGAGGCGAAUGGAAAGCAAAAGAACCGGAAGCCCACACCUAUGACGGCGAGUCGGCGACGGUGAAAUCAAAGGAUGACGACGGCGAACGAGAAGGAGAAGACCAAAGGCAGAAGAAGAGAAACGCUGAAACAGAGGUGAAGCCGGUUGAAGGAGACCACACGGUGCCGCCGUGCCGGUGCCAGUUGCCUGCUCCGGUGCCGGCUGCGGCAGAGACUACACGAUUGAAGGAGAAGAGCCGAAGGAGAAGACAACUGGAUUUGCGCGUGUGUGGUGCAAGGUUCUGAGAACCAGACCGGUCAUCAAACCGCUCUAGUUACUGGUUCAUUGGUUUACUGGUCCAACCGGUCUAACCGUGGUUCAAC